GAUGAAAAAAACAAGUACAGUAAUGAUGGUUCGAUAUCAAUAUACCAAACCAAUCAUUCGAAUAAGUCCUGCUGCUUUACAUACAUCAUCUAUUCAACAAAAAGGUAUUCUUGAAAAAGCUAAAGAUUUACGUGAAAAUGUAAAAAAAGCAGGUCAUGAAGUCAAUAUGAAGGUUGGUAAAGGAUUGGCACAUGGUAUAGAAGAAGUAGAAGCUGUUGCACAUAAAGUACCUCAUCCUAAAGAUAUAACUGAAGCAGUGAAACAUGCAACUCAUGAAGCUAACUUGAAAGCUGGAAAGGGGUUAGCCCAUGGUAUUGAUUCUGCAAAAGCUACUACUGAUAAAGUCCAACAGUCCGCUCAAUCCUUAAAAGGCAAAGAUAAAAUGUCAAAAGUUAAGGAACAAGUAAAAGAAAAAUAUGAUGAAACAAAAGAAUCUGCUUCAAAAGGGGUCGAAAAAGUAGAAGAUGCUUUGGGUGAAACUAGUGAAAAAAUUGGUUCAGAGGAAAGAAACUUUAAACAAGCAGAACAUCGAUUGGAAGAUGAAGUAGAAGAUGCUGUUGAAAGGCUUCAGCAUAAACGUGAUUAAAAAAAAAAUAGUCGUAGUUUAGAUUGGCUGGUGUGG